AUGCCGACAAACGUCCUACUGCUCCGCGCGCCCUCCGAGGACGCAGGUGGGGUAGACAAGUACGAAGAAGCGUUCCGUACGCGAGGGUACCGCGCGAUCAGCGUGCCCGUCCUCGAGACGGUGCACACGAACAUCGAGCAGCUCAAGGAGACAGUGAGGAGGGGUGGCGCGGGGUACGCGGGGGUAAUCGUGACGAGCGGGCGGGCGGUCGAGGCGUGGAGGCUCGUCGUACAGCAGCUCGUCGAGGAGGGCGAGCACACUGAGCCGACCGCGAAGUGGUCAAGAACGCCGUUUUACGUCGUGGGGGACACGACCGCCGCUGCCCUCCGCGCCAUCCCCUCCUCCCCGUACAGCCCACAGAACAUCCGCGGGGCAGCCGAGUCAGGCACGAGCGAGAAGCUCGCACAUUUCAUCGCCGCCGACCUCUCUUCCUCCCCGUCUCCUUCCCCAAGCAAGAAGCUAUUCUACCUGGUAGGGGACAAGAACCGCGACACACUCCCUACCAUUAUCAAAGACGCUGGCCUCGACCUCGAGAGCCUACAAGUCUACGCGACGCAGGGCUCCUCGCGGUUCGAGGAGGAUCUGUUGAAUGUCUUGAACAGAGUGCAGGGCCUCGGCAAGCACCUCAAGUUAUGCUCGCGAGCGACGUCCACAGACCCACAAGCAGACGAGCGUUGGUGGAUCGUGUACUUCGCGCCGAGCUCUGCGAAGUAUGUCUCACCCAUCCUCAGCAGACACUUCGAUAUUCCUCUUAAGGACGACGCGACCGGCAACUGUAGCGGUACGGGGAGCCGCGGCGCACGGCUAGCGGCUAUUGGCCCGACGACGGCCUCUUCGCUUGAAUCGGAUUUGGAGCUGAGGAUAGAGGUCAUAGCGGCGAAGCCGACCCCCGAGUCGUUGGCGAACGGGAUAGUGAGUUUUGACGAGCAGCAAACAGCUUGA